AUGUCUCUCGCAACGCUGGAUGUAUCACAACAUCCAGGGCUACCCAAAUCCUCUGAAACCUUGUUCCAGGCGAAGGCGCAAAAGAAGGUGUCAUUUGAGGCGAUUGGCAAAGAGAUUGGUCGAGACGAGGUCGCGGUGGCUGCUCUGUUUUACGGACAAGCAAAGGCUUCUCCAGAAGAUAUCCAAAAGCUGUCGGAUUAUCUUGGUAUCGACCAUGCCACCCUCGAGGCACAAUUGAGCGGGUUCCCAGACCGCGGCAAGAGUGUGCCUCUUCCUCCCAAGGAUCCGCUGAUCUACCGCUUGUUCGAGAUUGUACAGAAUUACGGAUAUGCAUAUAAAGCGGUUCUGAAUGAGAAGUUUGGUGAUGGUAUCAUGAGCGCGAUUUCUUUCUCCACCCACGUUGAAAAAGAGGUUGACAAGGACGGCAACACAUGGGUGAAUAUAAAACUUCGAGGCAAAUGGCUGCCAUUCACUCGAUUUUAG